AUUUUACUUGAAGCUGUUGAUUCCGCAUGCUUGGUUUAGAGCCAACUUGGAUGCUUAUUCGGUGCAAAAUUUGCAAGUUGGACAGCAUCUGGAUUCAACUUUCAUCCUAAGUCAAUACAACGACGUCGUUUGUAGAACGACACGAUUUCCUGUUUUCCGAUUAUACCCCCUUAAAACGACGUCAUUUCUGUUGUUCUCUGUCCCUCCGCCUGCGUAAUGAUCACCACCACUCUCCAUCUCUCGUUCCCGCAUCCUCCGUCUUUUCACUACCUGGCGUGCGGCGCGUGCUCCCACCGCCAACCUCUCUUCCUGUCCCAUCUCACCUUCCCGACCUUACAUAUCUCAAAAAACCCUCCACUUCAUCGGCUCCGAAGAUCAUCUCCGAUCGCCAUGUCCUCCGAUUCCGGACGAUCAAGCUCGCCGGCGAUCCAACCGCCGCCAAUGGAACUCAACGACGAGUCGGAUUUCGAAACCAUCGUCUCACCCGACGGCUACAUCUCCAUCUGUGGCUUCGGUUCCCUCCUUUCCGAGAGAAGCGCGAGGAGUACGUUUCCGGAACUGAUCAACUUCAGAGAGUCGCGGUUGAACGGCUUCCGGCGAGUGUAUGCUCACAUGGCUCCCAUUUUCUUCGAGCGUGGCAUUGCCAAGCCUGAGACCAAGGAGAUUGCGAGCUUGAGUGUAGAGCCAUUUGAAGGGGAAAGCCUUAUAGUAACAGUGUUUGAGAUUAAAAAAUCAGAGAUUCCAGCUUUUAUCAAAAGGGAGCCGGAAUUUCGAUUCCUAGCUGUUGUGCCUGAAUCACUUGAUGGGAAGCCAUAUGAUAACCGAGCGGUUCUUUGUGCUCGUUAUAGUGAUGAAGAAUUUUUCAGAGUUAGAUGCAAAGGAAGUAAGGAGAUGUAUUAUGAGCUAUUUGGACGAUAUAACAUUGAUAAGAUUUGGCGAGAUGACAUCUUACCUUGUCGCACUUACCUUCGGCAUUGUGUGUUAGCAGCAAAGAAUCUGAGCGAGGUAGCAUACAACAACUUCUUGGAUCAUACUUUUCUUGGAGACCGUAAAACGACUAUCCGCGAGUACUUGGCUACAACAGGUUCGGGCAUCAUGGAAGAAGAGCCUCCAGAAUCCCUCAAGACCCGUUAUGGCGGUUAAUAUUAAUUAAUCAGACGAGACCAUGUGUUUGCAAAGCCUUGUCUAAUGUUUCUGAACUUGAAACUGAUACAUCGAUUCUUCGAAAGCAGUAAUUUGUGUCAAUUCGUAUCUGAAAGAAGCAGAAGGGAUUUAAUGCUAAGCGUUUGCCUUGUGA